AUUCUCGGUAUAAAUCUACCGAUCUUGCUUGUUCAAGGGGUCUCUCAAACCUCAAACCUCAGACCUCAGACCACAAGCAUAUUUCAUCUCUCUUUUUCCUCAUCUCCGAAUCUUGUUAAGCCGCUAUGGGAGACAGCCAAUACUCAUUUUCUCUCACCACUUUCAGCCCUUCCGGUAAGCUGGUGCAGAUCGAGCACGCUUUGACUGCUGUUGGUUCUGGGCAGACUUCUCUUGGAAUCAAAGCUGCUAAUGGUGUCGUUAUUGCUACCGAGAAGAAACUUCCUUCAAUCCUGGUUGAUGAAGCUUCAGUCCAAAAGAUUCAACUUUUGACUCCUAACAUUGGAGUUGUCUACAGUGGCAUGGGUCCCGACUCUCGUGUUCUAGUCCGUAAAAGCAGGAAGCAGGCAGAACAGUAUUAUAAACUAUACAAGGAACCCAUCCCUGUUACACAACUUGUUAGGGAAACUGCUGCAGUCAUGCAAGAAUUCACACAAUCUGGUGGUGUGAGACCCUUCGGAGUAUCUCUUCUGAUUGCUGGAUUUGACGAAAAUGGUCCACAAUUAUACCAGGUGGAUCCCUCUGGCUCGUAUUUCUCAUGGAAAGCUUCAGCAAUGGGAAAGAAUGUCUCCAAUGCGAAGACUUUUCUUGAAAAGAGGUAUACUGAUGAUAUGGAACUUGAUGAUGCUGUCCAUACAGCUAUAUUGACGUUGAAGGAAGGUUUUGAAGGCCAAAUAUCAGGGAAGAAUAUUGAGAUUGGGAUUAUUGGCACUGACAAAAAGUUCAGGGUACUAACUCCUGCUGAAAUUGAUGACUACUUGGGUGAAGUUGAAUGAACAAUGAUUUUCAAGUGGAUGGCGUAAAAUAGAUCUUGAAUUGACUCAGCAAUGUGUCUUGAGUUCCUUUAUCUUUUGCACGGAACUGUUCAUUAUAGUUCAGUGCUGAUUUACUGGUUCAUGUGUAACUGUUAACUUUGAGGACUUAGAAAAUGAUCUAUAUAGCGUGUAUGCAAACCAUCAAGUGUUCAUUGCUCUCAUGCAACUUCGAUUGUAGAAUUUAUGGGUAACAGAUUGUUUUAGAA